AUGGGUCUGAUAACGUCAAAGCAGAAGAUAGAGCCUGUGUCAGGGGAAAAGAAGGCUGUGUUGAUUGGAUUUAAGCACCCAGGAAUUAACAAUGAUCAUAUCAAAGGAUCCAUUAUAAGGAUGAAAAAGAACCUCAUGGAUCUGCGUGGAUUUUCAGAAAAUAACAUCGUUCUUAUGAUUCAGGACGAACCAUCCUACUCCCAGCCCGAUGAGUACAACAUGGAAGAUACAUUAGCCUCGCUGUUUGAGGAUGCUAACCCAUUUGACACCCUCUUCAUCCACCUCAUAGCCCCUUAUGCCUCUCAAGGCACUAAUGAUGAUAUCCCUGCAGAACAUUUUUUCAGGGAACUUCUAAAGAACGUCCGCAAUGGUUGUACUCUGACAUUUGUAUUUGAUUGCCUAUUAACUGAUCCUGCUGAGAAACCUGUAAUGCCAUCAUCGAGUGUCAUGAUUUCGGAUCAAGUAAGAGAGGGCUCGGAUUCGGAUCAAGUAAGAGAGUUCGUAACAUAUUUGGUGAAUAAUCCACAGGAAGAAGAUGUGAACCAAACACAACAUCAUCAAGUUGUAACUCAAAGUCUGAACACUGAUCUCCUUCCAGAUUCACGUGCAACUCUGUUGAUGGCUGUGCAACAACAUGAUCAAAAUGUAGCUCCUCCUUCCACAACCACAGUAUAUGGGGGUUUUAGCAAUGCCGUGCUCGAUGUAAUUGAAGAGACUAAUGGUCGUGUUACAAACUUGGAGCUCGCUCGAAAGGCUAUGGAAAAACUUAGGAUGCAGGGUAUUCAUCAAAAACUUGUGCUGGGUUGCAGUGACCAUCUCCAUGGCUAUGAUGAUUCUUUUUUGAGUUGA